CUCCAUAUUGGGUGUGUCGUCUGUCAACACUGUUAGCACUUGCAAUAUGUUUAAAUCACAACAAUUAAGCAAAGAAGGCAAAGAAAACACUGAAUAUCUAGAUUUUCCGGUGUAUUAAAUAUAUAAAACGGCAGUGUGUAGUCAAAUAAAGGCUAUAUAAGUUAUGACGACUAUGCAAUCGAGAUAUAAACAAUCACUAUAUCCGGUUUGAAACGCUUACAAGAGCUCCCGAGCAGUUGUAACUUACAAGGUACUUUACAAUGUGUGACGUCAUAACAUGGCGGCUAUUUUUGUUUCGAGUAUGGCCCUCGGAGGAGUUACAACAUUGUAACUGCUCCGAUGUGAGAUACAACAUUGUAAACUGUUUUGAGUAUCCCGCCCCAGAUACAGAGUGAAGGCGGAGGGUUGCCACACAGGCUAAUUUCUGGUGAGAGUGGAGGCACGUCUGACAGAGGUUGUGUUAGCCAUACAGGUUUAUACAAAGCUGGAUAAUUAGAAUGGGGGAACAACGUCUCGCCAAGUGGUACUUUGGAGGCCUAGCUUCAUGUGGAGCAGCAUGUUGCACUCACCCACUGGACCUGCUAAAGGUUCACCUCCAGACACAACAGGUGGCCAGUAUGGGAGGCUCUCAGAUGGCUGUGCAUAUAGUGAGGAGUCAAGGCCUUUUAGCUCUUUACAAUGGCCUCUCAGCCUCUCUCCUUAGACAGAUUACCUACUCAACAACAAGAUUUGCAAUUUAUGAGGUAGUGAAGCAGCGGCUUGGUGACAGCAAGGGUGAGCCUCUUGCAUUCUACAAACGAGUAAUGUUAGCUGGCUUUGCUGGAGCAUGCGGUGGAUUUGUGGGCACACCAGGGGACAUGAUCAACGUGAGGAUGCAGAAUGACAUCAAAUUACCUAUAGACCAGAGAAGAAACUAUAAACAUGCACUUGAUGGCCUCAUACGUGUUCUCCGUGAAGAGGGAGUGUCAAGAUUAUUCCGAGGAGCUUCGACUGCAACUUUUAGGGCUGUUCUAAUGACAAUUGGUCAACUCUCCUUUUAUGACCAAAUAAAAGGAUUCUUGUUGACCACACCUUAUUUUAAGGACAACCUGACAUGUCAUUUCACGUCUUCCCUUGCUGCAGGUGCAAUUGCAACAACUAUGACGCAGCCUGUGGAUGUUAUUAAAACCAGAGCCAUGAAUGCAAGACCUGGAGAGUUCAAGAAUCUGUGGCAUAUCAUUUCUUACACAGGAAAAGCAGGACCAAUGGCAUUCUUCAAGGGAUAUGUGCCUGCAUUUGUGCGUUUGGGACCACAUACAAUCCUAACUUUCAUCCUCUUUGAACAACUUCGGAAAAACUUUGGAACCAUUAGGGUGAAUACAAAUUAAUAGGAGUGUUUUUAGAUACUGAAAGAUGUAUUUUUGAAGAAGAAAAAAAGUUUUUUGAUUUUAAAUUUAAUUGUAAUCAUGAAAGCUAACCUAUAUUUUCUUUUGGAUUGUAUUAGUUGUGCCCUUAUAUGAGACCAUAUCAUAAACCAUGUGCAUUUUGUAAAUUGAAAUUCAUUCCAUUAGUGAGUAAUUAUCAGGUAGCAAAGGUAUAUAUCACCAAGUUCCUUCCUUACAGCCUAUGCAGUUGUUCAGAUUACUUAUAUUUUGUUCAAUUAAAAAGAUCUUUUGUAGGAAAUGAGUUUUCAAGUGUUUGUAGAAAACUGAACUUCAACAUUCUGUAAUACUAUGCUUCCUGAAGUGUACAACGAACAAUAAGAAUGAACUAGGGCAUAUAUUCCUGGUGUAAUGAAACCAACAUGUUUAGGUGCCAAAUGAAAGUGUAGUUUUUACAGUAGUUGAAUUGCAUUAUGUACAUAGAUGUAUAUUUUAUAUGUACAUGGUAGUGGAUUUUAUUAGAUACUUAUGUGAAUUAAUGAACCAAGCUAACAUGCCAGUACAUUAGCUUGUAUCAGCUCUGUGUUAGAAUAAUGGAUUUGCUCAGUAAAAUUGUGUGAGAAUAUUACCAGUUCCCUGAAGGUUAUAGUUGUGGAAAUAGAUAAGUUAACACAUGCACAGAUAAUCUUGGAAUAUCUGCUUAGAAAACAACUUACAUGUACUGUCUUCCAUAUUUCAGGAGGAUAUUUUUGUUGUGAUUUAUUGCAUAUUAUUGGAAGAUGAGCUCUUGCUGGUAUACUGACAAGUAAUAGUAAUAUAAUUAUAUUUGAAAAUAUACGUGUUCUUCAUUCCACCAUGGGAGAGUUUUAGUGCAAAACAUCUGAGUAUAUUCCCAGAAGUAUUUUUUGCAGAAAUAAAACUUCAUUUGUACACUAUAUUUUUUAGUUCAUAUAUAUAUGUAUAUAUGUAUAUAUGUAUAUAUGUAUAUAUGUAUAUAUAUGUAUAUAUGUAUAUAUGUAUAUAUGUAUAUAUGUAUAUAUGUAUAUAUGUAUAUAUGUAUAUAUGUAUAUAUGUAUAUAUAUAUAUAUAUAAAUAAAUAAUUAGUAUAUUUUCCUAUAGAAGUUAAAUUUAUCAGUUUUGUUUUUUACAAAAUUUUAUUUGUUGUUGAUUUCAGAUAUUUUAUAGUUUUGCAAUUGGAUUGCAUGUAUUAUUUUACAUAGGAGAUAUUUUGGUAUAAUAGCAUUGUUUUUUAUGCUACCCUGUUAAGAUGGAACAAUUCUCCACUAAUAUGAACUAUUAGAGAGAGUUUUAUGAAAAAAAUGGUAGAAUAGAAAACUUUGUGUAGGAAAAUUGGUAUUAGUGUAGUACAUAACCCAGUUUCACCACUUGUGUUGUUCAACAGCUACUUACAUUGCCGUUUGUGGAGUAGAGUUUGAAUGGAGAAUUGUUUUCACUGUUUUCUAUUGAAAUAAAGCUUUUAUGUUA